AACAUGUCAGCGACCUUAAUAAAAAAAGAAACCAUCAUAACUAGCUUUUGCAUGCAUUUCCUUAUAGUAUGUAUCUGUGCCCUGUAAAUAGUGAAGAAAAUCAAUUGCCGGUUUCCCGUGAACGUCUCUGGGUGCUCAACCCACGCGGGGGUUUAAAUGGUCUUCACAGACGGUUAUCGUUAAGAGUUUUUUAAGGGUCAAAACCGUCCCCGAAUCAUUAACAGUGACGUUUCAAACACAUUUGUGUGACUGCCUGAUGAACUAAAGCAGUCCCAUGUAGAAAUGCAGUUAUAAACUUCUAACAUAUGAAACUGGUAAUCCAGUUGAUGCGACCUGCAAUGGGUACCGCGUGCAACAGUGUGCAUUCAAAACCUUAUUUAAAAAUCUGCGUUUCCAUAUUUUCCAGAUGUUUGUGGGUUUCUGUGCAGGUACAGAUGUGCGUGUAUUCAUGCAGCAUAAACGGUCAAAAUGUAAUUAUUUCUGCUCUCAUGUCACGGCGUAGACUGAUGUGUGUUUAAGUUCUGGCUCAGGUUUCCGAGGCUGUGGUGGUAAAAUAAAGACAGCCUUUAACUCCCGGCGUCUGACUACAACAAACACUGCUGCUUUGUUCUAACACAGUCUGCUAUACAUACACACAACACUCCACAGGAAUAUCAUAGGACCACCUUCCCCCUCCACCGUCACUGGUUUCUGGUUGUCUUAGAAAUUCCCUAAACGCCUUUCAUGGUUUCUGCUGAGUAAAGUCGUUUUUUUCUGGCUGAACCGGGUUGUGAUUUUUUUUUCUCUCUCUUGUUGGGAGAUUUUAAGUGUUUGGUCUUGUGUGAAUACGCAGUAGAAAUUUUAAAGUGGGGGUAACAAAGCGGCUUGUCCAUCUUCAUAGAGUAGUAAUUGUUCGCCGUCUUGGCAGACAGCUGGGAAUUAUAAUUCGGGAAUUUUUUACUCAGCUUUCUGGGAAGGCAAAUUGUAAAUCGUGGAAAAGUGGUUUUAAGUUUCUGCCUCGGUCUCUCCCAGCUGUUUCUGUGAUGUCAUGGGGAGGCGGGUGUUCGUCUUGGGGUGAUUUACCGGCCUCCCCUGAAGCUGUGGGGCGGGGCCACUAUGAUGUAAACACAGAUAAAAAGGUGCUGCGGCUGGUGUGGGUUUCAGUCCGAGAAACUAGUUUACACUUUCACUACAAUAAUUGCUGCUGCUGUUGGGAUUCACCUCCUUAAGCUGACUACGCUGCUGUAGACACACUACUGGAUUAGUUUCUCUGGAUUAUUGUAUUCAAUUUUUUUCUACCUCCUCUGAUUUAUUUAUUUUUUCUGGAUUUUGUUCUCUCAGAUUCUGCCUGCAAACAUGUUGCAAAGUUUUUCUCAGUCGCCGGACUGGCUUUACUCAGAGCCGCUGCUGUUUGAUGAUGAGUUCUGCCAAAGUUUGAUGAAGGACCUCCAGUCAUUGCCGACACCACCCCAGUCCCCUCCCAUGAAGACCGAGCUGACAGCCUGCAAGCCCCUGUCCAAGGAGGACCAGUUGAGCUUCGUGUCAGACAUCCUGCUGGAAGACCAUGAUGUACAUCAACUCAGCUGGACCAGUGACUUCUUUCAGUCUGCCACGGAGAAGGAGGGUGAGUCCAGCAAGCCUUGUUCUCCUCUGGAGGACGGUGGGGAGGACAGCCUUUGGCAGUACCUUGCUGCAGACAAGAGUCUAGAAGAGAAGCUGGUCUCCUCGAUGCUGGGCUCCAGCCCUCUGCUGUCUGACAUUGACACCAGCAUCUUUGAGGAGAUUGCUGGCUCCACGCUCGACUGCCAGAACCUGAUGGGUGCACAGGAGCCAAAUGAGGCUACAUCAGACUAUGGCUCAACUGGUGGCGAGAUGUCUACGUAUUCAUCAAGUGACUCUGAAGAAGAAAUUGACGUGGUGACUGUGGUACGCUGUCCCUCGAGCCUUUCCCCCCUGCCCUCAUUGGCUGAUCUUUCCAGCCGCAAACAGAAGCAAGAAGAGGAGCAGCGAGCUCUCCAGCGCCACCACUUUGAGAUCCAGCUACAACACAACUACGCCGCCCCGUGCCCCGCCUCACCUCCACCUUCGGUCUCAUCCAACAAGCGCUCAAGGGGUAGCGAUGGCUCGGCGCGCUUCCAUCACUCUCUCCGCAACCCUUCAUCUUCUUCAUCUCGUUACCACCACUCUUCCCGAAACUCAACAGAGACGGAGGAUGAGGAGGAGCGGCGGCGGACUCACAAUGUAAUGGAGCGGCAGCGGCGCAACGAGCUUAAGAACUGUUUCAUGCGUUUGCGUGACAACGUACCAGAGCUGUCACACAACGACAAGGCGUCCAAGGUUGUGAUACUGAAGAAGGCUAGAGACUGCAUCUAUGGCCUGGAGGACGAGAGCCACAGACUCCAAAACAAGAGAGACAAACUUAAAGCGAAACAGGAAGAGCUGAAAGCCAGACUAGAACAGCUCCGCAGCUAAUGGACCAAGGGGGACGUGGGGCGAAUUCUGUUGGUGUUGUGUCCGGGAAUUAAGAGACUUUGUACAAAGACUUUAGUGGAUGAGGAUAAAUGAUGGCGCACCACGUUGCAAUGCUCACACAAUGACAUUUCAAAGACUUGCUCGUAUAAAAUCUGGACCGUCUAUACACAAACACUGGUUCUUAACGCAAAGACCACAACACGCUCAUUGCCUCAGAACUGAACCUCUUCAUGCCUUGACUGCUGACUGUUGUUGUUGAGUGUAAGGUGGUUUGUUUAUGUUUAGUUUUUUAUUUUAUUUUAUCCUCAUUUGACUCUUUGGGGUUUCCAAAUGGCACGGCUCAAACAAACAAAGCCAGUGGUUCUUAUUUGACCAGAUAACUGGAAGCCACAACAGCUCAGUGUUUGGUAGUUGAAAGAAACUUGAAUUUUGUGUUUUCAGGAUGUCUUAUAGCCAUAUUGACCAGUGAUCCCUCCACUCGUUAUCUAGAUGUUUGGUGGCUUUCCAGUUAUUUGGACAACAUUUGAACACAACUAGUUCUGUUCAUCACCGGUUCUCUCACAAAGUGUUUAAAUGUGCAUGUACGGAAGCUCAUAAGCCUUAUCAAAUAGAUUUCAGGUUUUAAAAGACUGCAGGAACAUGAUCUGACCGGGGCGCGGUGCUGCCACAGCAUUUCAGCCACAGCUGUGACAGAAAGACACUUCAACAUUAAAUUCUUGCAGGUUCAAACAGAGAAGCAGACCGUUGUUGUAUUUAAUGUUUCUUAGUUGUGGGGGAUUUAGUGGAAGUUUAUUCCACUACUCAUGGUGGAUGUUCCAGUUGUUUGGAACGUGUCAUGUCACUUUAUCAGUUAAUAAAAUAAAAUAUCACUGUGAUCAAUACUGUAGGCCUCAGCACCUUUUGAAGAGUUGGAGCAACGCAGCUUCACAUCAGUUUCUCUUGAUCAUUGCAAGCCUACAACAGAAAAGUGUCAUUAUGGGCCAAAAUUCAUUCACGGCCAUUGACUUUGACUAACAUUCCCGUUUAUUAAAAAAAAAUAAACAAACUGGUUUUGUGAUGUGCCAAAAUAAUGAUGCGUGCAAAUGGCUGCUGAAGAGAGAUCAGUGAUAUUUUUCAGACUAGAACAUGACAUCAGGCUGUGCCUCCUCAUCACAAGCCCGGAUAUGUUUAUUUACUGGUGUUUUUAAAGAUCUUUCUGCCAAUGUUAUCCAUUGAUGUGCUGUUAAAGAGACAAAACAUUGUUGCAUGUGCGUCACGUGUCAUAACAGUUGUUCAUAUUAAGCGUUUGAGAGGACUUGAGCAGAUCCUGGCUUGUGGGGGGUUGGUCUUGAAAUCCAUUAUUCAGGACUCUUCGUCUCCUUUCUGCGAUUCCACCGCUGUCUAGUUAAAAUGUCUUCUUCCAGAAAUGGACAGUUUGUUUGUUUUUCCUCAUAUCUGUUAAUUGUUUUUCAAUUUUGUAGAUAUCCAGGCUGCGUUGCCUUUGAAGAUUCAGAUAGAUUUUUAACAAGACAGCAGGGAUACAUAAAACUAAACAAACCUACCUCCACCUGACUGCAUUUUGUAGUAAAUGUACAGACAUUUUUGGUUAUUGUAUUAUAAAUUAUUUUAGUUAUUAAGUCUUUGUUUAUGACCUUGAAUUUAAAAGGAAAGCACCUUUUUAAUACGAAAAUAAAAUUGAAAAUGAGUCAGUCA